ACGAUCCCUUCCCUAGUUUUAGCCAACUUUGUGCUGACGAUUCGUUAGUGGAGUUAUUUGUAAGGUUGAUCUGGACUAAUCACCGAUUUUUGCUGCGGGUAUCGCAGCUAAUGCAGUACCAACGUUGAUCAACACAACGAUAUAAAGACCAAGUGAAAUGAACAUCAGUAAAUCAAACUUGGGAUGCAGAAACUUUCUCAAUAUAAUAUGCUGCAGGAAGCAACGCUCAACGGUGGUACCAGUUGCAGCUCCUGUUCCAAGAGUCAACUUUAUAGAUGUCGCAGAAGCUCCGGCGAAUCCGUUUUACUUUAUAGAAGAAAUCAACCCACGCAAAGAUUUUGUACAUUAUAAACGAAUUAGUGAGCGCUUCGCAAGUUCUGGAAUACGGUUCAGCAAAAUUGAAAAGAUUGAAAUUAUUGAGAACGAGAAGUUACAUCUGGAAUUUUGCAAAUCCAAGAGCGCAUGUGAACGAUACCAUGGUAACCAUGAUGUCACAACAAUGCUUUUUCACGGAACACGACAAGAAAACGUUGACGGUAUAUGCAAAAACGGAUAUCUUGUUAGACUAGCAGGAACAUUAAAUGGAGCAUUAUAUGGAGACGGAAUCUACUUUGCUACAGACUCUCAACUUGCACGGAAUUACACAGGCAGUGCAGGGGUGCGGAAAAUGUUUCUGGCUGAAGUUAUCACGGGAAGAUACACGAUUGGGAAACAGGGAAUGACCCACACUCCUCCGGAUAUCAGAGGCCAACCGUAUGACAGCGCUGUGGACAGUUUGAAAAACCCUAGAAUAUUUGUCGUUUUUCUGGAUUCUUGCGCUUAUCCGAAAUAUCUUAUCACUUACACAACUGAUGAAGCGUUUUAA